AUGGCAGACUCCAAAGGAAACAGCAUCUUCCCUCGAAAUCCCUACUACAUCCCUGGCUAUGGAGGCUACGUUCCUCAGUUCUCCUUCAGGUUUGGGGACACCUAUGGCAGAAUCACCCACGAUCUGCUGACAGAUCCCACCGUGAGGAAGAGCCCUCAGUCCCUGCUGGCACCACUGGACAACAUGGAAAACCUCCGUAAAUUCCAUUACCACAUUGAGCAUCCAGGAUAUGUCACCUACCAGCCCAUCAUAAGCCCUCCUGAGAUACCCCUGGGGCCGCAGCCUGUCCCCACGGCGGCGCUGGAGGAGCCCAUGAUGGCCCACAUGGACCCCAGGCACUGGCAGAGCCCCCCAGAGCCCGCUGUGCCCCGAGCCCUGCCGAGCCCUGAGUCCUGGCAGCCCCAGGAGCCGCUGCGGGGGCUCGCCCUGCACCCCGCGGCCGAGGAGAUGGAGAGGGAGGUGCUCAAGUCACCCCUGCCUGCUCUGCUGGACAAAGGGAACAAACCCUGCCAGUGCAACUGUGGGGGGAGCAAAAAGCAGCAGCAAACCGGAGGUGACACACUGCCAGGAGGGGCUGCAACAGUAGAUGGCACACUGCCAGUGCUGCCUGUCCCCAAUGCCAUCCAACAGAAAGUCAUCCCAGGCUAUUCUGGAUUCGUCCCCUACCUCUUCGACAAAGUUGGCAUGACCUACAUCCCAGCUGUGAAGAAAGCCAUGAAUGAAUUUGACAGAUAUCAGGUAGAUUACAGAUUACUGAAAUAA